ACAAGCAAUUUUAGUUCUUUCUUAGUUUGUCCAAGUUGUUGAAAAGAGUGUGAGAGAAUUAGAACAAACCAGUGAUUCAAUUAUUUUCAAGUGUACCGAGCAUUUCCGAAUGAAACCAUUCAUCUGCUUUUCAACCAAUCAAUGCAUGUCUCUUUCUCUGAGAAAUGAAAUCUGUUGGUACCUGCAGCGCGGAUUAAAAAAAAAGAGGAGGCGGGACUGGUUACCACAGCAACGAACGCACACCUUCCAAACCAGGAAGUGCAAUCAAAACCAAACAGCCCAAGUUAGCAUUACUUGCCAGUGUGCAUGUUUGAUUUUCUUGUGAAAACAAUGACUUAUUUCUCGAAAACCAUUGGCAAUCGAAGGGUGAUCACUGACACUGACAAGAAAAACAUAGACACGGUCUUCCGGCUUUGUGACCAAGAAGGGAAAGGUUACCUGAGCAGAGAAGACAUGAAGGUUGCUGUCGUUAUGCUGUUUGGAUACAAACCAUCAAAAUCAGAAACAACCAUUUUAAUGAGUCAAGACCAAGCAGCAAAUUCACCAGGUGUCUCUCUGGAGCGGUUCGUACCCCUCAUGGGGAGGAAGUUGUCAGGGGAGGAUCCUUACGACAAGACGAGGCAGAUCUUCAACGCCUUUGAUAUUCACUGUCGAGGCUUCCUGAAGCUUGAGGACUUCCAGACGGCUUUCAAACAAGUGGCCCCUGCCCUCCCUGAAAGAACUGCACUGGAGGCUUUCAGGUACGUGGACCAGGACUGCGAUGGUCAUGUUAGUUUCAAGGACUUUGAGUGUGUCAUCAACUAUGGACUGGCCAACAGCUGACACACACAGACACACACACACGUACACGUACUUUGUUUUUUGUUUUUUUGUUACAGUUGUUACAUUUGAAAUGGAGUUGUCUUAUAAACAAGACUUAUUUGGA